UUGUAAUCCUACGCGUAACGAACUCUCCCAGAAAAGUAGUACCGAUUGAUAUUCGAUCGAUAGAGUUUGUUUGCAAACCAUUGGGCGCAGUUAAUGUGCGGAGUACCCAAAUUUAUCUGUUAUCUCGACAUCUUUAUCGCAAAAAUGACGUUUACAGUGUAAAUAUAAAUGUAGAACAAGGUGUCAUUUGCAGGUUAGAGUAGUUUAGUCGAUUCAGCAGCGUUGAUCGUUUGUUGUUUAUGGUGUGGCCCAUCCCAGUUCGCUGUGAAUGUGUGUGCCGUUUCCAUAAGAAAAUCCUUUAUUAAAAAUUAAUGGAUAACAUCUGUUGCUGAUAAACAGACUAAAAGGCAAAGAUGCCUGGCGAGAAGAAAAUGGGUGUAGAUAACGAUUCCUCCCCUGCUAAAAGCAAAACUUCGACCUUAGGUCGGAGCACAGGUAACACCGUGGCUCACGUGAGCAUGCUGGAUGGUACCGUCUUGGACGUCAGCAUCGAGCGGAAAGCCAAAGGAAAAGAUCUGCUCGAUAAAGUGUGCGAAGCGAUCAACUUGAUCGAGAAGGACUAUUUCGGUCUUAUCUAUGCGGAUAGACACGAUCCCAGAAACUGGUUAGACCUCGACAAGAGAAUUUCCAAAUUCCUAAAAACGGAGCCUUGGAAAUUUAGUUUCGAAGUGAAAUUCUACCCUCCGGAUCCCGCGCAGCUACAAGAAGACAUCACCCGCUAUCAGCUGUGUCUUCAAAUUCGCAACGAUAUUUUGAAUAAUCGUCUACCUUGUUCUUUUGUCACCCAUGCCUUGCUGGGCUCGUAUCUCGUCCAAUCAGAAUUGGGCGACUACGAUCCCGAGACCAUGGGACGGAACUACCUUAAAGAUUUCAAAUUCGCCCCAAAUCAUACCCAGGACCUCGAGGACAAAGUCAUCGAGCUUCACCGUACUCACAAGGGUCAAACUCCAGCUGAAGCGGAAUUGCACUAUUUAGAAAAUGCGAAGAAGUUGGCCAUGUACGGGGUGGACUUACAUCCGGCUAAAGAUUCAGAGGGGGUUGAUAUCAUGUUGGGUGUUUGUGCUUCGGGGCUUUUAGUUUACAGAGAUAGGCUUAGAAUUAAUAGAUUCGCUUGGCCCAAAAUCCUUAAGAUUAGCUACAAAAGGCAUAACUUUUAUAUCAAAAUCCGACCAGGAGAAUUCGAGCAAUUUGAAUCAACCAUCGGUUUUAAGUUAGCAAAUCAUAGAGCCGCAAAGAAACUAUGGAAGACUUGCGUGGAACAUCACACUUUCUUCAGACUGAUGUCUCCCGAAACCAAUCAAAAGUCUUCUUUAUUCCCAAAACUCGGGUCCAAGUUCAGAUAUUCGGGACGUACGCACUACGAAACUAAAAAAACGCCCAUUGAGAGACCAGCUCCCCAUUUCGAGAGGUCUUUAACUGGCAAACGGUUGGCUUCUCGUAGCAUGGACCCUCUCGGAGGAACUCACCCUGAAGACGAUUACAAUGAAGCUAAUAAACGACACACCAUGUCUCAUCCGCCUGAGCACAUCCCCGACAUCGAUAAUCAAAGUCCGGCUAAAGUAAAGUCUCCAAAAGAGAAAAAGGAAAAGAAGGAGAAGCUUGCUCGGAAAGGCAGUGGUGCCGGAUCAGCGGCUUCGGUUAGUUCGGGCAGUUCCGUGGAAGGAGAAUACGAAGCCGAGAAAAAUCAGAAGAAACCAGUGGGAGGCGUCGCCGUCCUACCAACCGGCAGCUUAUUCGGCAAGAAGAAAGAUAAGGAAGAUAAAGAAAAAGAUAAAGAGAAUAAAGACGUGAAUGCACCUGACCAGAAUGGCACCGACGUCGACCUCAAUUCAAGCGGAGAAAGUGACACCACAGGCAAAGACAAAAAGGAAAAGGACAAGGCCAAGAGUCCCGGUUUCCUUUUCGGUUCUAAGCGUGACAAGUCCCCGAAAGAGAAGAAGGAGAAGGUGGCCUUGGCUGAAAAAGCAGAAAAGGGUGGGCCUCCUCUGGGUUCCCCGCAACUUCCCGCUUACACUCGUGAGUACGCCUACGACGACGAGCAAUCCUCACCGAAAAAACCGUUCACCCCAAUAGGGUUCAAUUACGAACAACACUCUCCCUCGAGUCCCAAAAGCGACCCCGAGAGUCAGCAGUCGCCGUCGACCACAAGAGCCAAAGGGUUAGCUUUCAAUUACGCACCCGGCGAAGAAGACAAACUGAAAAAAUUGACCCCUGGUUUCAAAGACCCGAAGGUUGACACUGCCGCGUUUUUGGCUGGGGAGCAGUACAUGCAUGAAGCCCCACUCGAAAAGACCGCCAAACCAGGGGCGGCCGCCGCAACCCCCAUUCCGGCUGUUCCAGGCGCCAAGAAGACCAGAGUUGUCAAACUGUUUGUCAUCACCGGAAAGAAAGAACCCAAAACUGGAAGGAUUGACUUGGAUACCGCGAGCGUUGACAUAACCGAAGCACAACAGAACAUCGAAACUGGGUUAAUCGAUUCCAAGUAUGGAUUAGUCGAUCCCUCGAAUGGUACCGUCAUUAUUACCGACCCUGGCAAUGGGCAGAAAGAAGUGGUACAGGGUCACGUUGAUCCGAUCACUAAACAGAUCAUCAUCACUUCAGGGUCUGUCAUCGAUCCGAAAACAGGAAAGAGGGAUUCGAGUCUGGGUCAAAUCAUUUCCAUCUCUGGACAACAAAAUCACCCGGUCACCAGCCCUCUGGCCAUAGCACCCAAAAAACGGGUCAUUAAAGUGACGGUGGUCACAGCGAAGAAAGAUCCAAAGACGGGUAGAAUUGAGGUCGAGAAAGGUAGCACGGAAAAUCUUGACGCAACUCUUGACCCAAUGACAGGUCAUAUCGACACUAAAUACGGAGUUGUGGACCCAGUUAAUAAAAAGAUCGUCCAGAAGGAUCCUAAAACUGGCAAGAGCGAAGUGCGCCCGAUUGAAAUCGACCCAAAUCUUGGUCAAAUCAUCGUUAAAGAUGGCGUUGUUGAUCCUAAGACGGGUAAAGUGGAUAAUACUUUGGGUCAGUUGAUUACUAUUGCGGAAGAAGGAGAUGCGAUUGUUCCAGUUACCGCCGUCACGGCUAAACGUGAUCCAAAAACGGGCGAGUUGGACCCCACUCAGGCUCAUAAAGAAACCACCAACGGUAAAAUCGACUCCAGACACAAUCUCAUCGUUACAAAAUACGGUGCUGUGGAUGUUAAGAACAAGAAGAUUUUGUCGCGCGAUCCUAAAACUGGAAAGAUUGAGGAGCGUCCAGUGCAGUUUGAUGCACAAGACAAUAUUAUUAUACUGUCUGGAGUAAUUCACCCCAAAACUGGAGUCAAAGAUGAAAAUCUUAGCCAAAUACUUCAAAUCGGUCCGGAGAGUGAUCCACAAGUGAAAGUGAUCUCUGUGUCUGGAAAAGUCGACAAGAAAGGUCUUGAUCCUAAGAACAUGUCGCCAGUUGAGGAAUCAACUGCUUUGUAUGAUCCAGACACUAACAAAGUGUACACGAAAUACGGCGUUUUCGACCCUAUUAACGAAACUUUGACUUACUUCGACCCCAAGACUGGUAAAACAGAGACUAAGCAGGGUCAACGAGAUCCUACCUCUGGAGAAAUUUUGUUCAGAGGUUUGAUUAACCCGAAGACCGGCAAGGUUGAUAAUAACUUCGGACGAACGAUUAAAGUUGAUAUUAAAGGUGAGAAAGUUGAUCCAGCUGUUGAAAAUCAACCGACUUCAGUGGCAGAUGUUAAGAAACCGGUACCAGUUUCACCUGUCAAGUUACCUGGUCCACCACCUAUUGUUCCAAAAGGUAAGAACAAAAUCGUCAAAAUUUUGGUCAUUACGGCUAAAAAGGAUCCAAAGACGGGCCAUCUUGACGUGGAAAACGGCCACGUAGAUCAGUCAGCUGGUGUUUUACAUCCGACGGGAGAAAUCGAUUCGAAAUAUGGUUUGAUCGAUCCUAAGAAAGGUACUGUUACUUUCACCGACCCUGCUACAGGCAAACAGGAGACGAUACAAGGUCAAGUUGAUCCUGUCUCUGGACAAAUACAGAUUGUUACCGGUCCAGUCCUUGAUCCAAAAUCUGGAAAGAAAGAUAAUAGUUUGGGACAAGUUAUAACCGUGGUGGGUAGUACCGAUGAUGUUGCUAAAGAACCUAAACAAGCUGUCAAAAACACGCUUCCGUCACAUCCCACUCCAAAGAAACGUGUUGUUAAAAUUUUGGUCAUCACCAGUAAGAAGGAUCCUAAGACUGGUAAAAUCGAUACAGAGAAAGGUACCGUUGAGAAGCUAACAGCAACAGUAGAUCCAGUUAGCGGAAUUAUCGAAUCCAAAUACGGUAAAAUCGAUCCACAAAACAAUAAGAUCGUCCAGAAAGACAAAUCAGGGAAACCCGUUGUCACACCUAUUAAAAUCGACGAAAACACCGGCCAGAUUUACGUCAACGACAACAUUCUUGAUCCCAAGACGGGCAAAGUUGAUCCUAACUUGUCCCAAGUUAUCAAUGUCGUAGAUCCUCAACAUCCUGCGGUCGUGAUUACUACAAUCACGGCACGAAGAGAUCCGAAGACAGGUGCUAUUGAUUUGGCGAAUGGACGCCCUGAGACCACCAACGGCAAAAUUAUUCCAGAAACCGGAGAAAUAGUAACCAAACAAGGAACAAUCAAUUUGAAACUGAUGAGAAUCACAACACGUGAUCCUAAGACUGGUCAAAUACAGGAUAAACCAGUCCAAGUCGAUAAGGAUGACAAUAUUAUAAUAUCCGGUGUUGUCGAUCCUAAAACAAAAACUGUUGAUCCUAAUCUGGUGCAAGUCGUACAAGUUGGCAGCGAAGUGGAUCCAGAAAUCCAGGUCACCACUUACGUCGGAAAAGUUGAUUCUAAAAAGAACACAAUCGAUUCGAAGAAUGCUACACCAGACACGACACCCGGUCUUUAUGAUCCUGAUAGAAAUAAGAUUUACACUAAGUAUGGACAUCUGGAUCCUGUUGAAGAAACCUUGACGGUUAUUGAUCCAAAGUCUGGAAAACUUGACACAAGACAGGGACACUUGGAUCCAAAUACUGGCGAACUGAUCUUCAAAGGUGGUUUUGUUAAUCCGAAGAAUGGGAAAGUCGAGAAAGAUCUUGGUCGUGCUGUGUCCAUACAUAUUACAGAACCGGCUAUCGAUCCAGUGGCUUCCCAACAACCGUCAGAGAAAGAAUUACAAAGAGUUGCUACCACAAUACAGCCUAAAGCUGUCGAAACCCCUGUUAAACCACCACCUAGUGUCCAACCAACACAACCAAGUGUGGUAACUCCCGUCAAGGCAGCUCCUGUUGGUAGAGAAGUGCUAGUACCCAAACACCGAAUCGUAAAGAUCAUGGUUAUCACUUCUAAGAAAGAUCCAAAGACUGGUACUGUUGACACAGAGAACGGACAAGUCGAACAUUUGACAGGUAUCCUAGAUCCCGUUACUGGUCUCAUUGAAACAAAAUACGGUCAGAUUGAUCCAAAAACUGGUUGUUUGGUCCUUCGUGACACAGCUACCGGUAACAUCGAAAAAGUGCCUGGGAAAGUCGACCCGACUACUGGCCUAAUCACCGUCAAUGGAGGUCCAGUAAUCGACCCUAAAACUGGUAAACCUGAUGAUACGUUGGGUCAAGUAUUCUCAGUUGUUGGUUUGAAACAAGCCCAAGAUCCCAACGCCGCCCCCAUACCUAAGAAACGAAUAAUCAAGAUCACGGUAAUCACCACGAAGAUCGAUCCCAAGACCGGUAAGAUUGAAUCAGAGAAGGGACAAAUCGAGCAGUCGACGGCGUUGUUGAACCCUGAAACCGGCUUGAUCGAAUCUAAGUACGGUCUGAUUGAUCCUAAGAACGGCAAAUUGAUCGUGAAUGAUCCAAAAACAGGAAAGAUCGACGCUAAGGCAGCACAAGUCAACGAGAAUAACGGUCAAGUGGUCAUUAGUGGCGGAGUCGUUGAUCCGAAAUCGGGCAAAGUUGAUAAUUCACUGGGACAGGUUAUCAGUAUUGCGGGACAGAAUGAUCCUGUUGUUGAAAUUGUUACAAUAACAGCUAAAAAGAAUCCUUUAACGGGAGAAGUUGAUGUUAAUAAUGGCCAGAUGGAGAGUUCUAAGGCCAAGAAGAUUUCUGCCACGGGAGAACUAGUGACCAAAUAUGGUACCAUCGAUUUGCGUCUUCUCAGGAUUAUAACCGUCGAUCCAAAGACCGGAAAGUCAGAAUCCAGACCGAUUCUAGUCGAUUCUGAGGGCAACAUAAUCAUAACUAACAAUGUAAAAGAUCCAAAAACCGACACCGUCAAUCCAGAUUUGGGACAAGUUAUUAAAGUUGGUUCUGAGGUUGAACCAGAGGUGUACGUUGUAUCUUUCGUCGGAAAAUUCGACCCUAAAAAGAACACAAUCGACACUAAAAGUAUCACACCGGAAAUUUCCAACGGUCUCUACAAUCCAGGUACUCACAAAGUCGAUACGAAAUACGGUCAACUUGACCCUGUUAAAGGAACACUGACGUACAUUGACCCUAAAACGGGACGACAAGAAGUCAAACAAGGUUUCGUCGAUCCUAGUACGGGCCAGAUUUUGUUCAAAGGUGGCUACAUUAACCCUAAAACUGGCAAACCAGACCCAUACUUCGGUAGAAUCGUCAGUGUCAUCAUCAACGAUCCUCAGGUUAAUCAAAAUGGCGAAGUCGUCCCUAGGACGGUCGAAAAUCUGAAAGUCGAUCCGAAAACCAACCAAGUCUGGGUGUUUGAUCACCAUGAUAACGUUAGCAAACAGGAUGUGUAUUCCACUGGACAUAUUGACCCAGUUACUGGGUAUAUUAUCACAGUUUACGGCACGAUCGACCCCAAGAGCGGCGCUAUCUCCAAGAUCGUGAAAGUCGAUCCAAGUAAUGCCAAAAUCGAUCCAGAAACCAACCAAGUGUUUACGCAGACUGGCGAAACCGACGAAACCGGUGCUCCUUUGUAUUCCGCUUCAGAAAUUGAUCAAAAAACUGGUACCAUUUACACCAAGUACGGAAAGAUUGAUCCGAAGACUGGAAAAUUGGUCAUCAUCAGAGUAUAUUUGAUCACGGAGUCCGAUCCGACUGGUAAAGUUAAGGAAGUCGAUCCUCAAGAUUGUCAAUUCGAUGAGAAAACAGGAAGAAUUGUUAGUGUGACGACCCAGACCAUGUACAUCUACACGAUGGUCGACCCCAAGACGGGUAAAAUAAUCCAAGUCAAUCCCAACGAUCCCAUGGUGAAGAACGCCAACACUAAAGUGUCGCAAGUUUUGACUCUCUCUGGAGAAAUUGAUCCAGUUACUGGUAAAAUACACACCGAGUGGGGCGACAUCGAUCCAGUCACACUGGACAUAGAUCCGAAGACAGCCAGAACAGAUCCAGUGACGGGGCAAUUAAUUUUGAACUGGGCACAAAUCGACCCGACUCACUUCUCCGACUUGAAAGACACCAAGAUCAAGAUCAAAACGUACAGAGACGACGAUUCAAACGCUUCCAGCGACGACGACUUGAACGAAUACGCGUCAGAGAAUCUCAAGGAUAUAGCGAAUCUCUCGAUAAAGACAGCCAAAUCUCCGACGACUCCGGUUAUUGUGAAGACGACAACGAAACAAAUUGUUACGAAAGACAAAGAUGGGGUCACCCAGAAUAUCGAAGAACGAGUUGAAGAUGGGCGCACCGGACAAAUUACAGUCUCGACACAUGUCAAUAAGGCCGAUGCACCGAUUGAUGAUGGUAAAUCACCUUUCGUUACCGCCCGUGCUGUAACGACACGUACUGCUACUACGCACGAAGAUCUAGGCACUAACGCACGCACCCAGCAACUCGAAGAAAAAACUGUGGCCCAUUCGAUGACAUCCAGCGCGACAAGACAAGAACAACGCACGGUUACCCAGGAAGUAAAAACAACCAGUACUGUUGUUAGUGGAGAUCAGCUGGGCAGACGAGAUAGUGUUAGCUCGACUAGUUCAGGUGAUUCUGGCACACCCAUUGAUCCACCAGAUGAUCCAAAUCACCCAUAUUACAACAAUAAAGUAUACAAGGAUCUUCCUGGGGGCAUUGUCCAGACCGAAAGCGUUGUUUAUAGUGGAGAUCCAACCAUCCAUCACACUAGCACAACAAAUGUUCCAGUGGUAGCAACUGAAGCUAGAAAAGUGCAUUUGACUUCUGACGAUGGCAACUACAGUGCAACCGGCGAAAUUGUCAGCUCGCAGACCAUCAGUUCAAAAACUAGAACAGUUGAAACAAUCACAUAUAAAACUGAACGCGAUGGUGUUGUGGAGACACGAGUCGAGCAGAAGAUCACGAUUCAGUCAGACGGAGAUCCGAUAGACCACGAUAGGGCCUUAGCCGAAGCCAUCCAAGAAGCCACAGCUAUGAAUCCGGACAUGACCGUGGAGAAGAUAGAAAUUCAACAGCAAACAGCGCAGCCGCCGCAAUAAGGUUUUGGAGUAAUUGGCUUGAAAAACUGCCGAAAUUUUUUUCAAUUCAUUAGCUUUGCUUCACGACCCAUAUUUAAUGUUUGCAUCUGACAAAAACUACCUGAAGCUGGCCUCUUGUGUAUUAUAAAAUAUUUAUAAUUUAGAUGUAAGAUUGUUUUAUUUUCGGUGAGUACAUCACUGUUUAACUUUGUUUAAGUUGUUCGAAUAUUCUCAAGCUUGGUGUAUGGUCACUUUUAUUAAUCUAAUCACUUUAUUUUAUUUGUUUUGUUUUAUUUGUUUAGUGAUUAUAAUGUAAAAAGUGGAUAAAACUGCAAUAAAAAAGUGCUUUUCAUAUUUUAAAAAUUUAAGGAUUUGAAAAUUGAACUAAAUUUCCAAUGUGUUCAUCAAAAGAGAAGUUAAAAUUUAUCCAUCACAUUCCAUGUUAUAUAUAAAAUAUAUGAGCUAAUGACGCAUUGAGUAUAAAUUGUGGAUAUUAAACUAAAAUAUGUAUUUGUUGUCUAUUAAGAAAUUUUAUGUAUUGUUUUUACACACGCAAGCUAUACUGUAAUUGAAGGGGCCCAAAAAUACUGUCCGUUUUAGCGACAAUAAACACGGAUAAGUCAAAGUCUCUAUAUUAUAUGUUGCUUUAAAGUAAUAUGAUAAUAUUUAUUAAAUGUAUAUUCCAUGACACUGAAUGUUCAAUUAUUUAUUAUUUGGUCCCUCUUCUCUUCCAUAAGUCAGCUGGGAACAUUUGCCUUGCAUUUUGUCAAGUUUAGCUUGUCGAUUAUUUUAGUUCGUAGAUUUUCUAUGAUAUAUAGCAUCAUAUUAUGUGGUAUUAUUUAACUAAAUAUGAUUUAUACUUAGCUUACUCAACUUUUUGCGACGACUCGAGUGGAAAAAAUCUCAACCGUAUUGUAAAUAUUAAGAAUUUCCAAGCUGAGUAUGAAUCUUGAUUGCUUUAAUUUCAUUUUAUUGCAGCUCUAGCAAUUACAUAUAAAGAUAGUUGUUUUUACGUAUUGUUUUAAAUUUUUUAUUUAAUUAAUAAACAUGUUUUAAAAAGAAA